AUGAAUGCAUGCUGUUCCAACUGUUUUCCCUGUUCAAAAAAAUGCCCCACCAUCCGGUAUCAUACCAAAGUCUGGGCUAGUAGAGGAUUCAACUUGGACGAAUUGUGGAUGGCCGGCAUCAACAAGAAGUUUGCCUGGAUGGUGGGGAUAGCAGUGGACCCCCGGUGCCAAAACAGAUCCACAGAGACCCUGCAGACCAACAUCCAGCGGCUGAAAGAGUACUGCUUCAAGCUCAUCCUGUUCCCCAGGAAGCCUUCUGCGCCCAAGAAAGGAGAUAGUCCAGCAGAAGAGUUCAAGAUGGCCACCCAGCUCUCCAGACCAGUUAUGCCCAUCAAGAAUGUCCACAAGAAAGAGAAGGCCCGGAUCAUCACCAAGGAGGAGAAGAACUUUAAGGCCUUUGCCAGCCUGCACAUGGCCAGGGCCAACAUGUGGCUCUUUGGCAUCUGGGCCAAACGGGACAAAGAAGCUGCUGAGUGGAGAAGAAGAAAUAAUAAUAAACUCUUUGCUUGA